CUAAUUAUCAAGGUUUUCUAAUCAUUUUUCCUUGGGAAGUGAAACAGUGGAAACAAAUAAAAGAGAGAAAAAAAGACGUGUUUCCUCACUUUCUUUCUCUCCCUCCUCAGGCUUUGAUAUUUUUAUUAGCUCUUCCUAGGCUUCGUAAUCUGUAAUAGAAUGAUACUAAUGUGGUUUUAGAUUACAGUAUAUGGGAACCAUUGAUUGUGUUUCUGCGCAAGAACAAAAGUGUGGAUCAAUGGCAAUUCUUUCACUUGCCAUCAACUCAUUCCAUUUAUGAAUCAAGUGUGUGCUCUCCUCUUUCUAGAUGCCUCACUGCCUUUCCUUCAAAUACCAAGCCUCUCCCGCCGACGAUCAUCUUCCUCAUCCAUUAUCUUUAGACGGCUUUCCCUCCUCCUCCUCCAGAAACAACGCUUCCAAUCCGUCGCCUACCUUUAAUCUCAGUCGCGAGCUGGCUCACGCUUUUCAGACCCCAUCCUACCACGACAUACGUUCACUGGUUCACGUUGUUGACCCUCCAUCUCCUGCUUCUGCUUCUUCCCAACAUCAUCUUCCCAUCCAACCCGACAUCAAUGAUCGGACAGAGCUCCUUCUCUCUCAAAUUCUCCAACCAAACAAGGAAUGCGUCCAAGAAGCUCUUAGCCACGCCAAGCCCACUACACUCACCCACCUCAUCUCCACUUACUUCCAACACAGCGAAAGCGCCACACGCCUUUGCUUGAAUCUUUACCAUAGUGUACACAGCGCUCGCCACCUCUACACACCCCUCUUUGACCUCUUCCACAUCCUCCCCGCUGAUUCCCACCCCCUUGACGAGUCCCUCUGUAACUUGGCAUUCGACGUCUUCCUCAAGCUCGACACUUUUGAAAACCCUUUCUCCUCUCCUGAAUCUCACAGCUUCCGAGACACUCAAUUAUGCUUCUCCCAGCUCAAGCACAAGCUGGACACCCGUCUCCGUAAGUCUAGGUCACGCGUCCGCCUCAUCCACCAUGCCACAGCUGGUCCCCUCUGCAGUCCUUACCUUCCUCACAGUUUCAAGAAGAAGGAGUUAACUAACAUUUCUCAGCUCAAUGCUGCUGCCAAGGGUACUUUUGUGCUCAACAAAGAUCUCGACACCAUUGACCGUCUUGUCUCCCGCCUGCACACCGGGAUUGAAUACGACAAGCUUUUCAUUCGGCUUGGAUUGGAGAGGGGGAGAGACGUGUAUUCAGUUCAGGAGAUUUUGAAACAGCUUCACAAGACCCACCUUAACCUCACUCAUCAACUCAAGGAUCUUGAGGAUCAUAUUUGCCUUUGGUUCACCAACGUUAACAAAGCUAGAUCGUUGCUCCUUCAAGAGAUCCAUCUUCCACGAACAUAAGCUCCCCAACUCUCUCUCUAUCAGUUUUCCGUGCUUGUAAGUUGGUCACUACCUAAUUUGUUAGAGUUUUAUGGAAAUUUGUAUUCUUUAGAGUUUAGAGGGAACAAAAUUACUGCCAGCUCUAGUCAAAAAUCAAUCAAUAUUUCAUGGUCGGCUGCUUUUUUUUUUAUAUGGAAAUUCAUAAUAUCAUAUGUCUGGAUAAUUGGACGAGUUUUUUUUGUUGCUACAAUGGGCUUUUCUUGACCUGAUUGCUGGAAUGCAAGUACAUAUGCAUUUGUUUCAGUC